CACCGUUUCCAAACAAUGCUCAGGAAAAAAGCCACGUUGACGAUCCAGACUGAAGUGUAGUCCACAAUUCCGGGCAGAAUAAAACAGGGAUUCGUUUGUCAGACGCACCGGUUCCUUCUCGCCGCAGACCCCAGGUCAGAGCAGACAUGUCAUCGCCGCCGAAGGAGAAGAUCGAAACCAAAGGAGGACAUCUCCCCGCAGUAAAGGCAGGAGGCAUGAGGAUAGUGCAGAAGCACCAGCCUGCUGCCGUCCCAGAGCCACCGCAGAAAGAUGAGGACGAAGAGGAGUACGUCAGCAGCAGCCCACCAAAGGCCCCCAUGAUUGUGUCUGGAGUGGUUACAAAGGGUGAUAAGGACUUCACUCCUGCAGCCGCCCAGGUGGCCCACCAGAAGCCCCAGCCUUGUGUCCCGAAGCUGCCCCCCGGCCAGCACAUCAACCAGCACAUCCACCAGCCCCGCAAGUGAGCCAGGCAGCAGGCUACCACGGCUACACAAACUCCACCAGCCGGCCUUCCCCAAUGGAACACAUAGGAUGAAGAUGUUUCCCCACUCAGGCACAGAUCUCCUUAUUAAUCAGAGGAAUUUAUCAGUAACAGACACCCAAAGCCAACACAGCCAUUCUAGAAGUCCCACUCUAUACACCCCAGCUGCAUCGCUGCUGCACUAUUUGCUCCUCUCCCUAAGAGGAGCGUUUUGACAGUUGUAUCGUCUUAAGGUGGUAUAAGUGCAAGGAGGGUCUUCUAAAAUGGCUAUCACUCUGCGAUUAAACAUAAAUGGACAAACUUGAUUUGGUGGGUUGGGACUCUACUGACCAAUACCACACAUCACAGCAACCAGCCAAUCACAGCAACCUAUCAAUCAGGCCAGCCAGUCACCUCACAGUGAUGAGCCCAGGCUCCAGCCCUCUACCUAUGAUCUUCGCUGACCAAAAGAACCAAUCAACCAAUCAUGAGGUGGACACCCGUAUCAUUAUCGACACAAACCAAAAAGAAAUGCAGGAAGAAGCUUUUAGUUUGCAGAGGUUUCAUGUGUGUAUCGCUUUGUUCAAACUGUUGCCAAAAUGCAUGGAGAGUAGCAAAUACAUAACAGCAUUAACCAAUUAUUAGAGCGGAAGUAUGAUUCACCCCUGACAGGGAAUUGGACCUUUUCAAUACUUAAGAUGCUCAGUAAGGAGAACCAGUUAGAUGCAAAACAUGCCCAUUCCACUGUAAUGAUGGCUGUCAUUACCCAAGGAGCUACUGCAUGCAUGCCAAGAUAGCUAGCUACAGAUAUAGCAGAAGCUAAUAUAGCUUUUGGACCUGUGUCUUAUAUUUCUUAGGACGGAGUGGAGUCUCACUGAUCUCUGAUCUGCUCGACAGUUUUGCCUGCCUUGUUGGAGCUGUAAUCUUGUCCACCCUGGGCAACAACUUUUAAUGCAAACUCCCGCUUGCUUCAUAGUAAAAGUCUCCCAGCAGUGCCUCAUUGCUUAGGUUUUAAGGUUAUUAUUUUUGACUCGCAUGGAUUUGCAUUUUAUCUGCCACACACCAGAGUCCGCUGGAAUCAAAAUGCAGCCAAAAAUGUAUUGAAAUCUAAGGAAAGCCUAAAGAAAGCCAGGUCCUGUGAAGCAGCUGCAGGGUGCUUUGUUUUUGCAGCAACAUCAGCAUGAACAUCACAAGGGAGCAGUGUACUUUUAUUACAAGAUGGACAAAGCGUUGCAGAGAAGCAGUUCAGAAAACGGUGAGUCUCUUCACUGUAGGAUCAAGGUACAUUCCAAGUGUUUGAAAACAGUAUAUCAAGCAUGUGACGGUCUGUCAGUGUAGAAGGAACAUGUAUUACAUGUAUUUCUGCUGCAGGUGUGGCUCAUUGCAUAUCAGAACACGUGUGUGUCAGCCCCCGCGAUCCAGAUCGGCAUUUCCUAUGAUGCAUAGCAACACACGCAAACACGCACCACCCUCUUCCUUAAUCACCCAUCCCCUUACACUCAAGUGUCGUUUGUUGCAACACUAAUGUUCAGGUUUUCAGAGAACGAAAGACAGAAAUUUAUCUUGCCAAGAAGGAAUGAUUUCCUAUGUUUAAUUUAAGUUGAAAGAGUGAAAGAGUUUAUUUUUGUUUUGCUCGGUUGUUCUUCUUGUUCAAAUUGUACAAAUCUUUAGUCAUUGAGUGGACUUAGGUAUUAGGUGUGGUUGUCAUAGUAAAUAAAGAUAUAGACUAUCUUCAAAAAAAAAA